AUGUCAAUCGGCGGCCCUUGUCUCUGGGUGCCUUCUUUAUCCUCGCCAGUCCCCUCUCUAUCUGCAGUCAGUUCUCAUUUUCCAUCUUUUCACGGAGACCGUUUUUCUUCUCCACGGGCUGUCUCGCCGUUGCGAACCCUGCAAAAGGAUCGAGACCAGCGUGCCUCGGGCGGACUAUCUGCUACUACCAUGCAACCUGUUCUGAAGGCUGGAAAUGCCUUGACGACCUCUGUGCCUGGAGGUUCAGCUGGAUCGGCACCGUAUCUUGAGGGAGAAAUCCUAUCGCACGGUACGGAAGCCCUUCGGUCUGGAGCGAGCAGAGAGACUUUAUUGUCUCGGGUCAAGCUAGAGAUCCCGGGUGACCGAGCAGCCCUUUCAAUGUCGCAGCAGAUGUCUGAUCCACAUGGGGAUGCGAUGAACGAGCAGAUGGACUUUGACAAGGAAGAUCCUGACAGAGAGUCCACCAUCAGUCCCUCCGAUGAGAGAGGCGAUGCAGUGGGAAGCGACGAUGAUGGCAAGGUAUCUGCGUUGGAGAAGAAGAAGAUGAAGCGAUUCCGGUUGACUCACAAUCAGACUCGCUUCUUGAUGAGCGAGUUUACUCGUCAAGCCCAUCCAGAUGCUGCUCACCGGGAGCGUUUGUCCAGGGAGAUCCCUGGCUUGACGCCCCGACAGGUUCAAGUGUGGUUUCAAAACAGGAGAGCAAAGCUCAAGCGUCUCACAACAAAUGAUCGUGAGCGAGUGCUCAAGUCAAGAGCCCUUCCGGAUGACUUCGACACCACCAAAGUUCUUCGGACACCCUUUGAAAGUAAAUCGACCGGACCAACUCCCAUUGCAUCCCCUCAUGACUAUGGGGCCCCCAAUCCAGACUUUGCAUCUUUGAGAGCGCUGCGAACCGACUGCUUUCCGCGUCACGAGGAGGACUACCUCGUCUCACCCCUUAGUUCCGCGUCGACCUCCGGGACUUACAUGUCUUCUGCUGGACAGGGACGAAAUGACGGCCUGUCACAAUCCAAUAUGAUGUUCAGUCGACCUGCCGCUUCGGCAUCCAUGCAUGAUCUGCACAGGACGAUUCGCAGCGACUAUUCUAUCACCAGAUCUAAUAGUUUGUCAGAUGCCUCCUCUCAGCAAUCUACUUUCCACGCAGGCUACCCUCUCCAGAAUCGAUUCGGAGCUCCUUCAAAUCCACCAAAUAUGCCCUAUGGAAGGCAAACAAUGGACUACAUCCCCCGUUCGACUGGUAUGGUGACAGCCUACGAUCAGCACCAGCCCUUCGAAGGAUCAGUCUCCCCAACAGACUCCCAAGGAGCACAACUGCCAUACGACAUGGGAAAUCUAGGCACUCAGCCACAAAACUACCAAUCUCAGUUAGAAAUGUCCACACCAAAAGACUACAGCGGAAUUGGAAUGGGUUCACAAAUAUCAACACACGGUAGACCCAUGGCAAAUCUCCAAUCCCUCCCCGUCUCCGGCGCUCAAGAAUACCGAUCUUAUCCAUAUGCCAAUCCCUCUGCGGGAGCCAUUCCUUAUACACAGGCCAACAACUCAACUCUAAGCCUUCCAACAACAUAUGCCCCGUCAAAUCAGGGCGUCUCUGCCCAAGAUUCGAUGCAACAGAGCCCACAAACCCUCGAAUCCCUGCGAAGCAAAUUCGGAAAUCCCUCCUUCAAUUACGCAAAUUAUAUCCAGCAAUAA